GUUUGAACCAUAUUAUUGGAACAGACCCUAUUGUCAAUGGUUUGUCGCCUGUCAAAAGUGUCAAGUAUCCUCAAAUUAUUUGUCAACAAGAGAAUUUUUCCUUGAUAACUUGAAAACCUCUGAUACUUUUCCUUAAAAUACCACAAAAACGAUGAGUUCCGAACCAGCAGUUCCUAAGAAAACGUUCGCAGAACAACAGGCCGACCGUAUGAAAAGGCUGAAAGAGCUACACCGAAUGAGAAACGAAGCCAGGACACACAAUCACCAGGAAGUAGUGGCCGAAAAUGCCAGAAAUAACAUGCCUCAGAACUGGGAAGCCCGGAAACGUAAGGCAGAGUGGAUUCUGAACGAUCAGAAAGAACGAGAGGAGGCAGCUGAAAAAGGUGAAGAUUAUGAUCGAUUGAAGUUACUAAACGUAACGGCUGUGGAUGCGGAAAAACUGGAAAGAAAAAAGAAAAAGAAGAACCCCGAUGUAGGAUUUUCCGAUUUCGAAGCGGCCACGCACCGCCAAUACAACAGGCUGGUGAAAAACAUGGCCCCAAAAGACAUGGAGUGGUACGAAGAGCAAAAACAAAAAUAUGGGGAUGCUUUUUACGCAGGUCCCAACACAAUAGUUCAUGGGCUGCACCAGGACAGACCGGAAGCUGUAGAUAAUUUGGUGAAAAGCGUUGAAGAUCAAAUUUCCAAGAGGAAUAAAUUCUCGAGAAGGAGGAUGCACAAUGAUGAUGCUGAUAUUGAUUACAUCAACGAAAGAAAUGCUAAGUUUAAUAAGAAGCUUGAUAGGUUUUAUGGGGAGCAUACAGCUGAAAUUAAACAGAAUUUGGAAAGAGGCACAGCUGUUUAACUUCAGUCAGUAUUGUACAAAUAAAUUAUCAAAAUAAGCAUUAUUUUAAUUAAAAAUAAAUAAAUAUUUACAAUAUCAACUUAAAAAAUAAGAAAUUAGCUAUUUAUGUGUUACAAAUAAAAUUGUGUACAUUGAUGAGCGAAUUUAAUUUACCUAUAAAAUAAAUAAUUAGAAUUAAAUAGAGAAUAGCCAAAAAAAAAAGUGUAAAAACUAUUCUUCUUUUCAUAGAACCCAAGAAUGAACAAUACCUAAAAAAAAAAGAAACUAUAUUAGAAUUAUUAAUAUUAAUACCUCCUACCUGUUUAAGAGCCAGUUUCAGAAGCAGCAGUAACCGAAUGGUAACCACACGACACUGGUUACCUAGUAAUAUUAGUUUCAUAAUGUGUAGUUUAGUCAAAAUCAUUGGUCACACUUGAGAUUAUUUAACUGAUGCAUUCUGCUGUGUAUGUUUGCUAACCAGUGCAGGUUACCACUCUAAUUGUGAAACUGGGCUUAAAAAUUAUGAGUAAUGAAGCAAAUUUUUUUUACUGUAAUAUAUUACAUAUUCUGAGUCAUAGGUUAAUACCUACCAAUGACAUAUUAACCACAACAGCAAUCCACCUCCAGUGUAUCCCCCUCCAAUUAGGUUGCCACAUGAUUUUGGAUUGAUAUUUUAUCUGUGAUGACUUUGCUUAAAAAAAUUGGAGCCUCAAGACUAAAAACGACUACUAGAUAGCAUCUAAUCCACCUGCAAGUUAAUGUAAGGGCUACGUAAAUCACCCUGUAUAGACAUACCUUUCAGUACAUUCUCAGUUAAAUACUCUGUACACAGGGGCGUACCACAAGGCUCAGUCUUGGGACCCUUGCUUUUCUUGGAGUAUUUGUGUGACUUAUACCAAAAACUGAAGACCAAAUAUGAAUCGUUUGCAGAUGACACAACCCUAUCCUGAAAUCCACUUCUACAGUUUGCAGAUUUCCAGGAAGACUUGUACACUAUCAAAGAGUGGACAAUGUUAUCGAAUAUGCCAUUGAAUGACCUCUAGCGUACAGUUCUACAUAUCGGUUGGCCAGAAUAACCCUGAACAUGAAUACCUCCUCCAACAAACGCCAAUUUAAAAAAAAUUGUGCCACAAAGAGUUAGGAAUUACAAUCACAUCAGACUUGAAAUGGGAACAACACAUUACUGAGAUGACAAAAAAAGUCAAUUCCAUUAAUCGACCUCAUUCAAAAAUCUAUCUAAAAAAAUGGUUCUAAAGCUCUACAAAGCUUAUUUAACACCAAACCUCGAAUACGUCCAUUCCAACUGGAACCCAUAUUACAUCAAUGACAUUGAAGUUAUUGAGAGCUUACAGCACCAUAUUACAAGACAAUGGUACCUGAUGAACUCAAAGAGUUACCCUACAAGAACCUUCUCAACCAACUAAACCUAACUACAUUAAAAGAUGGAAGAACGAAGGGAGACCUUUUUGAAACUUACAAUAUACUAUGCAUCUGACAUUAACUUAUUCCUCGCCCAACUAACGCCGCCAAUGGAAUACCAAAGGACAUAACCAGAAACUUGAGAAAGAAAGAUGUAAAAAGUUACUAAGAAGAAAUUUCUUGACAAACAGAGUGGUUUAUCAGUGGAAUAGACUUGGUCAUGAAAUAGUUAGUGCAACAUUAGUGAAUCAAUUUGAAAACCAUUUGGAUACAGAAAUGAGGGGCUGGCACAACAUGUUUGUGCAUUAUGGAGUUUAUAUUGUGAACAAACUGUGAAAAACUAAAUGUCUUAGUGGUCUACCAUAUCAUAUGAGUUAGAGGCAGAGAAAUAGAUGAACAAAUUGCAUUAUUUUGGUCAAGUGAAUAAUGGGUUCAGAGGGAAAGGCGGGUCUUGUUCACAUCUCUGAUGCAUCCCAUCAUGACCCUCCUCAAACAGCUUACCUCUCCUGGCCCAUGGGAGGUCUUGUCAUCACAAACAACAUCAGUUCAUGAAUGAGAUACAGUGUCCAUUUGUAUUAAGAUGUCAUUGAUAAAUACCCAUUGGCAAGAAGGAUAAAAAUGGAUAUUUGUACCUACUUAAAAUUGGACGUAUAUUAAGGGUGUGAGUAGAAAAAAUAUUAUUUAUGAUGAAAUCAAUAGUAGACUGGAUUGUAAUGUAAAACGUAUAUUCCACUAGAAAAUCAAUAAUUUGAAAAAAAAAAAUUACUUGAAUUUCUGAUGCAUCAUCUCUAUCACAAAAAGCCAAAAAGAAAAAUUGUUUCACACAAAAUUUCUGAGGAAACUAAUUUGGACUUGGAAAAAUACAUUUGGCAGAAGCUUUGGAUUCGUUUUUACAAGGAUGCCUUUUAACCCAGAAUUUGUGGCAUUGCUUCAAAACUAAUUCUGGCAAAUCCAAUAGGAAAUUCAAAGUCCUAAUUUUAUACCCAAUAUUCGAUUAUUUGCCCAUUAAUAACUUCGAAUUGUGUUAGAUCUGAAGCUCAGAAUCGGUUAAAAAUCACAUAAAAAUCAUGCAAAAAAAAACAAACAUAACAUCAAACAAAAUUUACACAUUAAUCUUACGUCUAGGCAGUCUUGGAGUAACAUGAAUAUGAAUAUUAUCCCCGGGAGCAGCUGAUACUAGAAAAUAAAAGAGAAAAAUUUAAAACUCAACUAUUUAUUUCAAAACAAUGUAACAAUAAGUAGUUCAAAUAAACCAAACUAAAAAUAAUGGCUGGAAUUUAGUUUAACGUCAAUCAACGCUUUAACCAAUGGAUAAUAAUAAUAAUAAAAUAAGACAAAGAGUAUUGUUCGUCGAUUUUUAACUGACACUUUCCGUAUGAGGAGCGAGGGGGUGUUUCAUAUGGCAAAAACAGGUAUGAUGUCAUCAGAUAACCACUGGCGUUCUAAUGUAGGGAGCCACCAGCUCACAUUCCGUCCGAGUAUCAGAUUAAAAUCGACGGACAAUAAAAUGUACAACAAUAAGUUUUUAGCUUCUAUAAGAAGUUAUUAUAAAAUCAAACACAAUAUCACAAUGCAAAAUUAAAAACACACAAAUUCAAGCUCCACUACUACUAUCAGGUUCCAUUGAAAAAUGUACCAUACUAGGAGCAGACACACUAGAAUUCAAUGGAACCCUAUUAUUGUUAGUCUCUUUUGCAGCAUUAUUAUCGCGCAGCCUCCUCAACAUUUCGCGUCUGGUUAUGGGCGAGCGAUUUUCAUUAGCGCUGACGCUUUUUCUAAGCGCAUUAGCGGACUUUUUAAACAUAUCAUAAGACAUGUUCAAAGCGUUGGGAUUAGGCAAACCAUCCAGGGUUAAAUCUGAAAAGUUCGUACCGUGAAACACGCGAGGCAUAUCGCAUUGUUCGCAUUUGUCCAGGUCGGGAUGGUUGAGGAAUGUGCAAACGGAACAGUUCCAUCUGGAAUCAUCCGCGUCGGGAAAGUCCGAGUAACGUCCUCCUUGAGGUCGUCUGGGAGAUUGUCUUUGACGAGGUGCUAUUAGAGGACCUGUAGGUCCCGAAUAAAUAUUGUUAUAGAAUUGAU